GGAGCUGCGUCCUGGGGCCGCGGAGCCGGCGUGCUACGAACUGCUCGCUUCUUGUUGCGUCUCCUGAUCUUCCCGCCCGUCUCGCUUUCCUUCUCCGGCGUGACGAUGUUCGUUCCCUGCGGGACGUCAGAGCCCGACUUUACCGGCUUCACCCUGCUGAUGCCAGCGGUAUCCGUAGGGAAUGUUGGCCAGCUUGCAAUAGAUCUGAUUAUUUCUACGCUGAAUAUGUGUAAGGUUGGUUACUUUUACACUGAUUGCCUCGUUCCAAUGGUUGGUAACAAUCCCUAUGCAACUGCAGAAGAAAACUCAACGGAACUCAGUAUAAAUGCUGAAGUAUAUUCAUUGCCUUCAAUGAAUCUGAUGGCUCUCCAACUAAGAUCAAUUUUUAUCAAGUAUAAAUCAAAGCCGUUCUGUGAAAAGCUCAUUUCCUGGGUGAAAAGCAGCAAAUGUGCCAGAGUUAUUGUUCUUUCAAGCAGUCAUUCAUAUCACUGUGAUGACCAGCAGCUUCGUAGCAUUCCAUUCCGAUACCUACUUACACCUGAAAUUGAAAAAAGUGUUGGUGAAACACUACAGCAGCUUCAUUGGAAGGAAAUGGAAAAAAGCAAAUCAUUUCCUGAAAUAGGAGAUUCUGGGUUGUGUAUCCGUAUCCCUGGAGGCGGUAUCACAAAAGCCUUGUACACUGAGAGCUGUUCCAAAGGGAUACAGAUGGCAGUUGUCCUGAAAUUUGUUUCAGAAGGAGAUAAUAUCCCAGAUGCUUUUGACCUUGUUAGAUAUCUUAAUGAUUGGCUUCAAAUAAUUAAACCUCAGGAGUGCAAUGACCCUACAACAUCUAUCUCCCAGUGGAAAGUGCCGAGCUCUUGGAGAUUGCUCUUUGGCAGUGGCCUCCCUCCUGCACUUUUUUGAUUACUUGUCACUGCCCACAGUGGCUCAUAUAAUCUAACAAUACAGUUAUAUGUGUCCCCAAGGUUUUGGGGCCAUACCUAUGAGGAGCUCCUGGUGAGAGGCGUCUUCUUUUUGUGCAGAUUUGUGGCUUCUCUGGGACUUGUAGUCUUAGAAAGUGGCAUGGGGCACUGAGAGACCAAGUUACUUCUACAGCCAGUAAGAGGAAGACAUUGAAGCCAGGUCUUCUUGACUCCAAGGCCAGCCCUCUCUCCAGGAUAGCUCUUGUGUCCUGAAAUACUAAUUACCAAAUACAACCAUCCAGUAAUUUAUAAAAAGAUUUGUAUUAUGUCAAUAUGACAGAAAAUCUCAAAGAAACAGAAUAGUCAUACUGACUUUCAUUAUAUAACAAAUAUAAAUUUUGCAAAAUAAACUUUUUCUUAAGAAAU